CCGCGGCCCGGGGCUCCCGCGGCCCCGCCGAGCCGCCGCCUCCCCCGGCCCGCCGAGGCCAUGGCGGCCAUCCAGAACCUGCAGCUGUGGUGCAAGCAGCAGUGCGAGGGCUACCGCGACGUCAGCAUCACCAACAUGACCACCUCGUUCCGCGACGGCCUCGCCUUCUGCGCCAUCCUCCACCGGCACCGGCCCGACCUGAUAAACUUCAACUCCCUCAGUAAAGAAAAUGUGUAUGAGAAUAACAAGUUGGCAUUUCGAGUGGCAGAGGAGGAGCUGGGGAUCCCAGCCUUGCUGGAUGCAGAGGAUAUGGUUGCUCUAAGGGUACCAGACAGGCUGAGCAUCCUCACCUAUGUUUCCCAGUAUUAUAACUACUUCCAUGGACGAUCUCCUAUUGGAGGCAUGGCUGGAGUCAAGCGUCCUUCCUCUGAACCUCGGGAGCAGCCUCUUGGGAAGAAAGCUGUUUCAGAGCCUCCUAAUCCAGUGCCACCAAAACUGCCUCCUGCCCACCCACCAGCCAGAGCUAAGCCAAAAGAAACCUCCCCAGUCGCCACAAAAGAGGUCCUGGCAGAGAGUGGGAACCUCCCCAGCAGCAGCUGUGGGGUCUGUGGGAAUCAUGUGCACCUGGUGCAGCGCUGCCUCGUUGAUGGGAAGCUCUAUCACAGGAACUGCUUCAGGUGCAGGCAGUGUUGGAACAUGCUUCUUCCUGGAAACUACAAAGCUGGGCCUGAGCCUGGUACGUUCAUCUGUACCAGCCACCAGCAGCCAGACAGUGUCCAGAUCUCUGGUCUCCGCAGUAGUGGGAACAAAGCUGAGAGUACCCCAGCCCCUACUUCUGCCAGGCCAUUCCAGAGAGCAGCAGAACCCAAGAAACCAGAGCAGGUGUUGAAGAAACCCAGCCAGGAAGGCCUUCCUAAUUCAACCAAGCCAUCUGUUUCAUCUUCUGGAAGCUCUGGCUUCAAAAGUGUAAAUACUCCCUGGUCCUCUUCAGCUGUAAAUAAAUCAGAUGACUGCAAAGGUACCUCAUUGGGAAAUAGAGCAGCCCACCGUGAAGGAACCUCAACACAGCCUCCUUGGACAACCUCCACAACAAAAACACAGCAAGCCCGAGAACAGUUUUUUCAGUCAUUGGAGUCCUCCAGCAAUAAAACCUCUGACACUAAGAAACAAGUCUCUUCUUCUCAGGGCCCUAGUAAAACUGCCACUGCCAGAACCACUGCUGAGGUCAGUCCAGUGAAUGCUGAGAAGGAUCAGGCACGUAACCGUAUUAUACGUGCUCUGCCUGGGUCAAACAGCUCAGCUCUGGCUGGAUCAAGCACCUCUCCAAGUAGGCCAGGAGGACUCAGUUCCACUGCCUCCUCAGCCUCCAGCACUGGCAAGUUUUCUCCCACCAGUUCUCGGUGGCAGAGUCCAGCUCCAAAAGCACAGUUCAGCAAAACAGGGCACACAGCACUAAAACAGGAAAAGAUUACAGACCCUCUGCCCAAGAGCCAGGCUGCCAGCAAACCUAUUGACUCUGUGCACAAGCCAGAGUCGAAGGGCAUCAAAGGAAGCACAAAUGUUGGUGAAGACAAGUCUGAGAGCCCAGCAGAGUGGAGAUCUCGGUUGAAGCCUGUAGCCACCAAAGACCAAGCUGGCUCUAAGAAACCUACUGAUACCCCUCAGGUGGGAACAGGGAGCCCAGCGCCCCAGGAGACAAAGCCAAGUCCACUAGUUGUUCCAUCAGCAAAGCAGGACUCUGCUUCAUCUGAUGGAUUCAAGAAGAAGAAGUUGAUUCCCAGCUCAGACCUUGUCAGGAGCUGUCAGAAUUCAAUGCAAGGCUGGGAAGACCCUGGGGACUGUGUCAAGAAGAAAGAAGAGGGCAACCAGUUGAAGAAAAGCACUACCACAUUUAAACCCUCUGUUCCAAAAAGUAUCCAGAGCACUGAAGUGGUGUCCCCAACCAAGCUGCACCCAGACUACCUCCCUGAGGAGGAAAUCCAGGAGGAAGUGCGUGCCAUCGAGAAGAAGCUGGAUGAGCUGGAACUGAAAGGAGUGGAUCUGGAGAAGCAGCUGCGUGGCUGUGAGGGAGAUGAGUCUGAGGAUGCUCUGAUGGUGGAUUGGUUCAAACUGAUCCAUGAGAAACAACUGCUGCUCAGACAUGAAUCGGAGCUGAUGUACAAGAUGAAACAGCAGAAGCUGGAGGAGCAACAGUGGAAUAUUGAGACGGAGCUGCGACACCUCAUGAGCAAGCCAGAGGAACUGAAGACAGCCAGGGAGAAGGAGCGAGAGAAGGAGCUGCUGGAGUCAUAUCUGAACACAGUCAACGAUCGCAACAGUAUUGUGGAGUGUCUGGAUGAGGACAGGCUCAGAGAGCAAGAGGAGGACCAGAUGUUGGCAGACAUGAUCCAGAGGUUGGAUGGAUCUCUCGAGAGCCAGGAGCCAGAAAAGAAAAAGAAGUUCUCCUUGUCCAGAAUAUGGAAGCAGAAAAGUAAAGAGUAAAGCUCAGGAGUGAUGUUCCUUUGCCCAGUGGCUCAGAGAAGGCCAUCAAAGGUAUGUUCCUUCCUCACUGCUGCUUUCCUGGAGUUGUGCAGAACCGUGCUGAGGCUCCUCUGCUCCCUGAUUUGGAGACUGCGGGUUCAUGGGCCAGAGGGACAGUGUGAGUCCCCUCUGGCUCUGGUAUGGGGCUCAAGGAUACCUUCUCCAGAAGAUGGACUUCUAAGACUGUUUUCCUCCUUUGGAUCUCACUCAGAGCUGUCUUCAGCCUCGUUGGCAGCUCAUGAGGGCAGAGCUCAGUCUGCCCAUGCCCUGCUGGGGCUAUCCCAGCCCUGGUGCAGGAGGAUGGCACCCAGGGCUGCACCCACAGUUGCUACACCGCUCUGCCAAAGGGCCCUUCUCCCUCCCUGCGUGUGCUGUGGCUCUUUGCCCUGGAUCAGGGACCCAGAGAGGGAGGUGCUGUGGGGUGGGGGAGAUUGAGUCUCCCCUUUAUGAUGCCAGUGCAAACUGGAGCUGUAGGCCCCACAGCCAGGGGGAGGCAAAGACCAGAACCACCUCUGUGUCUGUGGGGUGGGGUGUUCUAGAUCCAGAGUAGUUUCAGCAAUAGUGCUGUUUCCACACCUCCUUUUGGAAGUUACUGUAGGCUGGUUUCUCAAAGCCGUGAGAGGUUGCUCACUGCUUCAUUCCCUCUGUGGGGGAGAUUUGUAGCUUCCUUAUUUCUCUGACUGCACAGUGAAGCAGUGUUUUCAUUGUCUGGCCCAACUUGCUGGAAAUGAGCAGACUUUACAACCUGAUGCUAACUGAGAGCAGAAUGGUUUUGCCUCACCCACGAGGCCUCUGUAUGGGACUAGUAUUUCAGUUCCUGAGGCUCCAUCCCUGGACAGGGAUGCUGUGGUUCACCAGGGGAGUACAGGCAGGUCCUGGGCUGUGGCAGUGAGUCUUCCUGCUCUUCCCUUAGUCUAGUGACUGCAGCCAGACACUUGCCCUGUGUGGCAGCAUCCUCUCUUCCCCGUCAACCUGGGGAGCAGGGAUGGAGACAGACAGCAACAGAUCAGAUUAAUUCCUGAUCCCUCCUAGCCCUGGUAUGUGUGGACUUCCCUCCUCUCUUCAAGCUUUGAGGUACUUUGAAGUUACUUCGGGUCCUGUUCUGCAGCAGGGCCUGGCAUUUUACACGGAGGAGGUUUGCUGCCCGCCGAGCCCGGUGGCAGAGCAGAGGCGAUGCGCCCCUUUCCCACGAGGUGGCAGUGGGGCUCUCUGUCCCACAGCCAGCCCUGGCACCGCAGGCACCUCCUGGGUGAGGUACCAAGUGGCCGAGGGGGUUCCUGGUGCCUCCAGCGUGUGUGUUCGUGUGGUGGGACACCCUGUACCCGUGUAUGGUUUUGUCCAAUAAAGA